AUGGCUCCCGCGCAGCACGCGCCCGCGCCCGCGAAGAAGGGCAAGGGGAAGAAAGCGACCGAUCCUUCGGAGCAACAGAAGCAGAUACAGGCAAAGAUUGCGCAACUGGAGCAGGAUGCUGCUGGGGACAAGGAGCAGGAGCUCGAAAUCGGUGGGUUUGACCCCUUGGAUCUGUGGAGGCGCCAAAGGUGGCAUGCUCUGACUUUGGCCAAUACAGAGCGCGAGGUAAAAAAGGCGAAUCGGGAGCUCUCUUCGCUCCUCAACAAUAUGGACGGGCCCCUCACUCGACUGGAAGUGGUCCAGAAGCGGUACACCGAGCUCCUCGCAGAUAUGAAACGCACCGAACGCGAGCAUCAGAAGGCAAAGAAGCGCGGCGACCAGCUCCAGAAAGAGAAGGAUGCGCAAAGAUCAGAGCUGAAUAAGGUCACUACAAUGAAGGAUAAACUGGACAAGCUCUCCCGGGACUUCGCCAAGGAAAACAAAAAGCUGAAGGACGAACUCAACAAGCUUGAGACAAGCGAAUCCGCAGCCAGGGAGGAGCUCCACCACCGCCUCGACAGAAUGGUCGCGGACGUCGACAAAUGCAUUACUGUCCAGAACCAGCCGGAACCACAGAAUCAGGCCGAAGUCGAGUUAGACGAGCUGUUCCGUCAAAAGUUCAAAUCAUUUAUCGACCAAUACGAGCUGCGCGAGCUGCAGUUCCACUCCCUGCUCCGGACCAAGGAACUUGAAAUACAGUACCAGAUGGCCCGACUCGAACAACAGCGCAAACAGCAAGAGGCGGAAUCAUCCAAGUCUCACCAACUGACGAGACAAGUGUCUACCUUUUCGCAAACAGAAACAGAGCUCCGCACGCAGCUGAACAUCUACGUCGAGAAGUUCAAGCAGGUUGAAGAGACGUUAAACAAUUCCAACGAUCUGUUCCUCACGUUCCGCAAGGAAAUGGAGGAGAUGUCUAAGAAGACUAAGCGCCUUGAGAAGGAGAACCAGAACCUUCAGAGGAACAAGGAAGUCACCAACCGCAACAUCGCCGAAAUGGUCGAGGAACGGCAGAAGAUGCAGGAUGAGCUCGCUAGAAAGACCAAAGAGGUAGAAGACCAGCGCAAGAAGAUCGCACGGUUGGAAACAUUAUGCCGAGGCAUGCAAGCGCAGGGUCGCGGUCAGGUUCCCAUGAACGAGCUGGAAGAGGAUGAAGAGAUAACGGAGAGUGAGUACGAUUACGAAGACGAAGAUGAAGAGGGUAGCGCCGACUAUGACGACGACACUGAAGAGGAUGCCCUAGAGCCAGUGACUGAACGCCGACCGUUUGGCCCCGUGCCUCCACCCCCACCGCCGCCACAGGACCUCGCGAAUGCAAAGAUCAAUGGCCACAGGCAGGCAAAUGGACAAGUCAAUGGAGUAAAGCGCUUAUAGUCUGAUUGCUAGGUCGUCCCAAUCCUUCUCUGAGGAUCGCCGUAUCGUUGGGCCCGCGGCGAGCCAUGCUCUUCGAGAACUGUUUGCAGGCCGAGAUCUAUGGAGACGGAGGACCCUUUCCGCAUCUGGAGUGUUCGCUCGAAGAGUGUGUGCAUGAUACGUCCUUUUAAAUCUUCUAGGGAAGCCCCUGGAACGUUUCGAAAGGCUUGCUCGACUCGAGCGCGUGUAUAUUACUUCUGCAAGGCAAUGACAUCCGGCUAUUAUUAUUCGUCUGAUAUCCACUUUUGAAAAGUCUACCCUCUUGAUUCUUCAUGGUUGUACUAGACGUUAACGCCGUCCUGAUUCCAGCCUGGAAAGUAAGGCUGAUGUCAGGUGAUCCUAGUCGAGUCGACUUCGAACGAGAGCGAACCGAGGCUCGGUUUCUGUUCCCCACAUCUCAGUCGGA